CGGCCCGCGGCGGAGGGCCACGUCCCGGCCCGGGCACGCCGCCAUGCUGAGGGUCUUCGUCCUCCACGCGCAGAACGUGCAGACCCCGGACGCGGACGUCAGCGACGCCUACUGCUCGGCCGUGUUCGCGGGAGUGAAGAAGAGAACCAAGGUGAUCAAGAACAACACCAACCCCGUGUGGAACGAGGGCUUUGAGUGGGAUCUGAAAGGGGUUCCCCUGGACCAGAAUGCUGAACUCCAUGUUGUCGUCAAGGACCAUGAAACCAUGGGCAGGAACAGGUUUCUGGGUGAAGCCCAUGUGCCCCUGCGAGACGUCCUGGCCUCCGCCAACCUGGCUGCCAGCUUCAACGCCCCUCUGCUGGAUGCCAAGAAGCAGAGCACAGGGGCAUGUCUGAUCCUGCAAGUCUCCUAUAUUCCGCCCCCGGGCGCAGCGCCGUUGUUCCCGCCUCCCGCCCCGCCGGAGCCCAAUCCAACCCCCACGGAGCUGGACACGACGACGGAUACAGCCGGCGAGGAAGAGGCCGAAGAUCCGCUUGGGACGGGCGAUGAUGCCGAGCCUUCCUCCGGGCCCUCGGCGUCAGAUCAGGCCUCCCUCCCCAAGAGGCCUCCGUCACGUGUGAUACACGGGACGAAGAGGAGGAGAAGCGCCCCUAAAAAGCUGCUUUCCAACAAACCCCAGGACUUCCAGAUCAGGGUGCGGGUCAUCGAAGGGAGGCAGCUUCCCGGGGUCAACAUCAGGCCGGUGGUGAAGGUCACGGCUGCCGGGCAGACGAAGAGGAGCAGGAUCCGGAAGGGGAACGGCCCGCUUUUCGAUGAGACCUUUUUCUUCAAUGUAUUUGAAUCCCCAGUGGAGCUUUUUGACCAGCCCAUAUUUAUCACAGUGGUGGACUCCCGCUCGCUCCGCACGGACUCCGUCAUCGGAGAAUUCCGGGUGGAUGUUGGGGCCAUUUAUGCUGAACCCAAGCACGCUUUCGUCCGGAAGUGGCUGCUGCUUUCUGACCCGGAGGAUUUUUCGGCGGGGGCCCGGGGCUACCUGAAGGUCAGCCUGUAUGUCCUGGGCCCAGGGGACGAAGUGCCGCUGGAGAAGAAGGAGGCUGCCGAGGAGAAGGACGACAUCGAGGGCAACAUCCUCCGGCCGACCGGCGUGUCUCUCAGGGGGGCCCACUUCUGCCUCAAGAUCUACCGAGCCGAAGACCUGCCCCAGAUGGACGACGCCGUCAUGGACAGCGUCAAGCAGAUCUUUGGGUUCGAGAGCAACAAGAAGAACCUGGUGGACCCUUUCGUGGAAGUGACGUUCGCUGGAAAGAUGCUCUGCAGCAGGAUCGUGGAGAAGAACGCCAACCCGCAGUGGAACCAGAGCAUCACCCUGCCGGCCAUGUUUCCAUCCAUGUGUGAGAAGAUGAGGAUCCGAGUCAUUGACUGGGACCGCCUCACGCACAACGACAUCAUUGGCACCAACCACCUGGCCAUGUCGAGGAUCUCGGCGCCUGGAGGGGAGCUGGAAGAUGAGUUUCCCACCCCCGUGAAGCCCUUCAGAGUCUCGGACCUGGAUGAUGGACUCGGUUUCCUGCCCACCUUUGGCCCGUGCUACAUCAACCUGUAUGGCAGCCCGCGGGAGUUCACCGGCUUUCCAGACCCCUUCGAGGAGCUCAACACGGGCAAGGGAGAGGGUGUGGCUUACCGGGGCAGGUUGCUGGUGGAGCUGGAGACCAAGUUGGUGGACCACGUGGAGCAGAAGCUCGAGGAUCUCCCCGCCGACAACAUCCUGCGAGUGGAGAAGUACCUGCGCCGGCGGAAGUACUGCCUCUUCGCUGCCUUCUACUCGGCCACCAUGUUGCAGGACGUGCAGGACGCGGUCCAGUUCGAGGUCAGCAUCGGCAACUACGGGAACAAGUUCGACAACACCUGCCUGCCGCUGGCCUCCACCACGCAGUACAGCCGGGCGGUCUUCGACGGCUGCCAUUACUACUACCUGCCCUGGGGCAACGUGAAGCCGGUGGUCGUGCUCUCCUCCUACUGGGAAGACGUCAGCCACCGAACGGACGUGCAGAACUUGCUCUGCCACGCUGCAGACCGGCUGGAAGCGAACCUGGAGCUGUUCCUCCUCGCCCUGAAGGCCAAGUGCCCCGCCGGCGACCUGGACGCCCUCGUGGCCCGGCUGAUCGAUGAGAUCAUCGCGGACUGCAGCCAGCCGCUGGUCGACGUCACCCAGAAGCCGGCCAGCACGCACCUGGACCAGUAUCUCUACCGCUUCCGCACCACCAACCUCGGCCAGAUCGUCCAGGCGGCCGAGCGGCUGAAGCACGAGGACGCCGACCCGCAGAUGGUGCUGGACCAGGCCGAGGACUGGCUCGCGAGGCUGCGGUCCAUGGCGGAGGAGCCGCAGAACAGCCUGCCGGACGUCGUGAUCUGGAUGCUGCAAGGGGACCGCCGUGUGGCCUACUGCCGGCUGCCCGCGCACGAGGUCCUCUUCUCCCGGAACGGGGCCAGCUGCUGCGGAAAGCACUGCGGGAAACUCCAGACCAUCCUCUUGAAACGCCCUCAGGAGGAGGAGAUGGGGCCCAGGGUCCCUGCGCAGAUCCGGGUUCGGCUGUGGCUGGGCCUGGGCGUGGACGAGAAGGCGUUCAACGAGUCGGCAGAGGGGAGGCUGUCGGUCUUUGCUGAAACGUAUGAAAACCAGACCAAGCUGGCGCUGGUCGGGAACUGGGGCACGACCGGCCUGACCUACCCCAAGUUCUCGGACGUCACCGGCAAGAUCAGGCUGCCCAAGGACAGCUUCCGGCCCUCCGCGGGCUGGUCGUGGGCUGGCGAAUGGUUCGUCAGCCCCGAGAAGACGCUGCUCUACGACGUGGACGCCGGGCACAUGAGCUUCGUGGAGGAGGUCUUUGAGAACCAGGUCCGGCUCCCCGGCGGCCAGUGGAUCCACAUGCCCGAGGCCUACACAGACGUGAACGGGGAGAAGAUCCUGCCCAAGGACGAAAUCGAGUGUCCCCUCGGGUGGAAAUGGGAGGACGUGGAGUGGGACACGGACCUCAACAGAGUCGUGGACGAGAAAGGCUGGGAAUACGGCAUCACCAUCCCACCCGACCACAAGCCCAAGGCCUGGGCGCCGGCCGAGAAGAUGUACCACACGAACCGCCGCCGGCGUUGGGUGAGGCUUCGCAGGAGGGACUUCGCCCAGGUGGAAGCGCUGAAAAAGUUCAAACAGGAGGAGCUGGAAGGGGAGGGCUGGGAAUAUGCUUCCCUCUUUGGCUGGAAGUUCCACUUGAAAUACCGCAAGACGGAUUCCUUCCGCCGCCGGCGCUGGAGGCGUCGGAUGGAGCCCCUCGAGCAGACGGGUGCCGCGGCUGUGUUUGCCUUGGAAGGUGCCCUGGGCGGAGUGACGGAUGACAAGAGUGACGACGGCAAGGCAGUGUCGACGUUCAGCUUCGGCGUGAACCGGCCGACCAUUUCGUGCAUAUUUGACUAUGGAAACAGGUACCACCUGCGCUGCUACCUCUACCAAGCCCGAGAUCUGACGGCCAUGGACAAAGACAGCUUUUCGGACCCCUACGCCAUCGUCUCCUUCCUGCACCAGAGCCAGAAGACAGUGGUCGCCAAGAACACCCUGAACCCCACCUGGGACCAGACGCUGAUCUUCUAUGAAAUCGAGAUCUUCGGCAGUCCCCAGGACACGGCCGAGUCUCCGCCUCACGUCAUGGUGGAAAUCUACGACCACGACACCUAUGGCACCGACGAGUUCCUGGGCCGCUGCAUUUGCAAGCCCAGCAUGGAGCGCAUGCCCAGGCUGUCCUGGCAUCCCGUCAUGAUGGGCAACCGGACCGCGGGGGAGCUGCUGGCCGCCUUCGAACUCAUCCUGCGAGAGAAGCCGGCCGUCCACCACAUCCCGGGCUUUGAGGCGGAGCCAUUGUCGGUUUUGGACGAGCUGUGCGCACCUGCCUUGUUCUGCGAAGGGACGCUCCGAUGGGCGGAAGACACGGACCUGCCCUACCCUCCGCCGCAGAGAGAGCCCAACAUCUACAUGGUCCCUCAGGGAAUCAAGCCCGUUCUGCAGCGCACGGCCAUCGAGAUACUGGCCUGGGGGCUCCGCAACUUGAAGAGCUACCAGCUGGCCAGCAUUGGGGCUCCCAGCCUCCUGGUGGAGUGCGGCGGGGAGAUGGUCCAGUCGUGUGUCAUCAGGAACCUCAAGAAGAACCCCAACUUCGACGUCUCUGUCCUCUUCAUGGAAGUGCGCCUGCCGAGGGAAGACCUGUACUGCCCUCCCAUCGUCGUCAAAGUCAUUGACAACAGACCGUUUGGCCGCAAGCCCGUGGUGGGCCAGUGCACCAUCCGGUCGCUGGAGGGCUUCUUGUGCGAUCCCUACAGGGAGGAGACCGUCUUUCCCGAAACACAAGCAGAUGACGUGAGCCUCACCCCCCGAGACGACGUCCUGAUUGACAUUGACGACAAAGAGCCCCUCAUCCCGGCCCAGCCUGUGGACAGCAUGACCAGCUCGGCUUUAAUUAACACGCAAGCUUCUCGGGCCGAUGUCCAUGAGGAAGAAUGCAUUGACUGGUGGGGCAAGUUCUAUGCUUCCACAGGCGAACGAGAGAAGUGCGGCACCUACCUGGAGAAGGGCUUCGACACCCUCCAGGUGUACGAGACGGAGCUGGAGAACGUGGAGGACUUUGCGGGCCUGUCCGACUUCUGCCACACCUUCCGGCUGUAUCGGGGCAAGAGCCAGGAUGCCAGCGAAGACCCGACCAUUGUGGGGGAAUUCAAGGGCUCCUUCAAGGUGUACCCUCUGCCCGACGACCCCGCCGUGCCGCUGCCCCCCCGGCAGUUCCACCAGCUCCCCGCCAGAGGCCCCCAGGAGUGCCUCGUCCGCGUCUACGUCAUCCGCGCCUUCGACCUGCAGCCCAAGGACGCAAACGGGAAGUGCGACCCUUACGUAAAGAUUUCUGUGGGGAAGAAAUCCAUCAGCGACCAGGACCAUUACCUUCCGGGCACCCUGGAGCCGGUCUUUGGAAAGAUGUUCGAGCUGAGCUGCACGCUGCCCUUGGAGAAGGACCUGAGGGUCGCGCUCUUCGACUACGACCUCCUGUCCAGGGACGAGAAGAUCGGGGAGACCACCAUCGACCUGGAGAACCGGUUUCUCUCCAGAUUUGGGGCCCGCUGUGGCUUGCCCCAGACGUACUGCAAGUCUGGCCCGAACCAGUGGCGGGAUCAGCUGCGGCCCUCCCAGCUGCUGCACCACGUCGCCCUGCAGCGCCACGGCAAAGCGCCCGUUUACCGGCCCGACCGGAUCACCCUUGGCGACCAGAGCUACAGCCUCGCAGACCUCGAGGACGGCAAGCCCCCCAACCCGCACCUGGGGGCGGUGGAGGAGCGGCUGGCUCUGCACGCGCUGCGGAAGCAGGGCCUGGUGCCCGAGCACGUCGAGACGAGGCGGCUGUUCAGCCCGCUGCAGCCGGACAUUGAGCAGGGGAAGCUUCAGAUGUGGGUGGACCUGUUCCCGAAGUCGCUCGGGCCCCCCGGGCCGCCGUUCAACGUGACCCCCCGGAGAGCAAAGCGGUUCUACUUGCGGUGCAUCAUCUGGAACGCGAAGGACGUCAUCCUGGACGACCUCAGCAUCACCGGGGAGAAGAUGAGCGACAUCUACGUGAGAGGCUGGCUGGCCGGCCACGAGGAGAACAGGCAGAAGACGGACGUGCAUUACCGGUCCAUGGGCGGGGAAGGGAACUUCAACUGGCGGUUCGUCUUCCCCUUCGACUACCUUCCCGCCGAGCAGGUCUGCUGCGUGGCCAAGAAGGAGCAUUUCUGGAGCUUGGACAAGACCGAGAACAAAGUCCCGCCGCAGCUGAUCCUUCAGAUCUGGGACAACGACAAGUUCUCUUUCGACGACUACCUGGGCUCCAUCCAGCUGGACCUCAGCAGCAUGCCGAAGCCAGCCAAGACGGCGGAGAAGUGCACGCUGGACCGGCUGGAGCACACGGAGAGCGUGGGCUCCCUCUUCGAGCAGAAGACCGUGCGGGGCUGGUGGCCCUGCUCAGCGGAGGACGGCGGCGCCAGGAUCAUUGCGGGGAAGUUGGAGAUGAGCCUGGAGAUCGUGAAUGAACAGGAGCACGAGGAGCGGCCGGCGGGGCUGGGCCGGGACGAACCAAACAUGAACCCCCGGCUGGAGGACCCCAAGCGCCCCGAGACCUCCUUCCUGUGGUUCACCUCCCCCUACAAGACCCUGAAGUACAUCCUGUGGCGAAGGUUCAAGUGGCUCUUCCUCGUCUUCCUCCUCCUCUUCGUGCUGCUGCUCUUCCUGGGCAUCUUCAUCUACGCCUUCCCGAACUACGCUGCCAUGAAGCUGGUGAAGCCCUUCAGCUGAAUCCGGGCCACCACGGGGUGAGCGAGGGGCGAGAGCAGGCCCUGCCCGGCCCCUCGCGGCUCCAUGAGACCGCUGCGCGGAAGGGAAGCCGCCCCCUCCCCGCCCUGCAGAUGCUGCUCGGCAACGCUGCAACGCCGACUUCUCUCCGACGCCGCCUUCUCUGCUUCGGCCACCAAAGAGGACAGUCUGCCCCCUCCGGACCGUGGGGCUCUGCUGCGGGUCCCACCCAAGUGCCUGCCGAGGGAGGCCGGCCCAGCGGGACCGCCACAUCCCGGUCUCCUCCGCGCAUUUCGUGCCUCAGCGCCACGGGGGUUUGCGCCUUCCCCGGGGGUGGGGGGGCAUCUCCAGACCCGGCCUUUCCCGGUGUGUGUGCUCCAGCUUGCCCGGCCUCCGGGGCGGCUCUCCUCAUCCGGGCGCUGCAAAGCCUUCCAGUAGUGCAAGCCGCCCGCAGUCCUGGCCCUCCAGGGCCCUCCAGCGUCACCUGCUGGCUGGGGGGCAGCUUAUCACUUCAGGAGCCGGCCCCUCCCAGCACGCCUGCUCUGGAUGGCCAUUCUCUGCUGCGUGCUGGGGGGCAGGGCCCUGAGCCCCUCGGGCGGAUGCCUCUCCCUUUCUGGAAGGGCGCGGAGGGCCUCGGCCCGUCCAUUGGUGGGGACCGCCGGAGGGCUCCCGCAAAGCCUCGUCGAGGGGAAGGGGGAGCCCGCGGGGCAGUCCGGAGCUGGCCCAGGCACACUGCGACGCCCGCUGCCGCAUUGCCAGAGGGUGCCCCCAGUUCCAUGGGCCAAGCAAACAGAAGCCCUCCUUAGAGCAGACCCACUGCAAGGCAUGGGGCGAAGGUUAGCCUUGCCUGGGCCCCGCGUUUCAGCAGCAUGAGAGCCUUUGUCUUGCCUUUGCCCCGGUGCAGCCGAAGGGGCUGGACAGGGGCACGUGGGGGCGUUAGCGGGGGCGCUUCCUGACUGAAGGGCUCCGAAGAGGCGAACCGACUGGCUCCUUGCAGCUGUUCCGACCGUUCUGCCUCCAUAUGCAUUUUGUGGAAGGAAAUGCUGGAGGAAGCGGUGGGAAAGCACAGGGUGGCCAAGGGGUGGGAGAGGGCAGCUCCUGGGCUCCUCGUGAAAUUCUGCGGAUGGCAGCGGAAGCCCGCAGACGGUCCCCCCACGUCUCCCUGGUCCCCCCUGCUGUCCAGACCCCCAUUUCCGGCCUCGUGGCUUGCUGCCGAUCUGCUUUUGUAUGGUUUCCAAACCAAACCCGGGACUCCACUGUUCCCCUGGCUCACGAGCUGCAAUCCGUCGCGAGGAGCUUUCCUGGUGAACUCCCCGUGUCUUCCCGCCCGUCCCUCACGGGAUUGAGACCCAGGCACCACGCGGAGGAGCUCCUGUCCUGCUUCUCUGUUAUGUAGCCUCUCACUGGCGCUGUGCUGCCCCGGCGCUGUGCAAAUGCGCACGAAUGAAAACAUUUUCUUUCGUGCCGCAAAUAAAACCACUUUUUCCCUGUUCGAAAAAGAAAAAGGGGAAAGAAAAGGUAAAGUCGCUGCCCAAGAAGCGUGAGUGCGGGAUGUGGCAUGCCCAAUUCAUGCGCCGGGCGGAAGAGCUGGCAGAAAGAAUGAGCAUGAAUGGGCUGAAGGGCUUUUGGUCAAGGAAGCCGCUGCUUUCAAAACAAAUUCUCGCAAGCCUUUGCCACAGCCUCUGCCUCUCAUGGGCUGCCUCAAGCUGGAGAUGACGGGAGGGCCAACGGCAGCGACUGCCUCCUCCGGCAGGGCAAGAGAGCAAGCCCUUCGGGUGGUGCCUGCCGGAUCGGGCAGCAGCCCCUCGCGGGCCCAGAGCCGAGGAGCCUCGGGCUGGUCUGCUUCUUGACGCAGAUGCAGUUCCACACCCGCUCAACUGAGAUUUCCCGGCACAAUCACAGUGCGCUGGUGACGGGCGCAGUCCGGCGUGUGUUCAGGCGGGAGGAGCCCUGCAGGGCCCAGCCGGCGUGAAAGGUGGCCGUGGCUGGAGGGCCUCGCGGGCUGUCUGUCUGCUGCACGUGCCACGGGUCGUGCCCUUACGGAGCAGCACCCGGUCGAGCGCAGCCGCUAACGGGGAUCGCGCGGAGCGGAGCAGGGCCCCCUGUGCUGCCAGUGGCCAAGCCGGUGGCCCGCGAGAGCCCUGAGCAGCCCGCCAGCCCUUGGCCCUUGGCCGCCACCCCCGCUUUCCCAGCCAGGGCGCUCCGGGCUGCCUGGCGGCAUCGGGCGGCUCCGCCCCGAGGAAGCCAAGCCCCACACGCCACGGAGGGCGUCCGCAGCCCCGAUCGCGGCUGUGGCUGAGACAAACCAGAAGCCGGGCAUAAAACGGCUGGAGAGCCGCCCUGGAGCACGCACUCUGGGAGGAGGGUGGCUGGGAGGCUUUGGCGUCACCUGUACCUGCCUUCGAAGCAAUAUAGCCAUCGCGCUACGGCUCCCAAUGAAAUGCUAUUAAACCUG